AUGAGUAACGACGCCAUUGCCGAUUUUCUUGCCGAGCAGCGCGAAGAAGUUUCCGAAGAGCUUCAGCCUCUCAUUCUCGACUUCGAGACCUUUUGGGAACGAAAGCUCUGGCACCAGCUUACCGAUGCUCUGCUCACGUUCUUCAGCCACCCCGAGAGCGCCCCUCAACGGCUACAGUUCUACAGAGUCUUUAUUCUGAAGUUUGCCGACAAAAUCAACCAGUUGAAGCUUGUGGACCUAGCAUUGAAGGCGGCAACAGAGUGUGACGAGGAUGAGGAGCGCCUAUCUUUCCUACAAUCAGUCGCUAAGAAGGUCGACAACGAGAACUCUCAAGACGCUUACGUUUUUGCUUUGGUCGCUGUGGCCCAAGCAAAGUUAGACCUCGAGGAACUAGAUGGAGCGCGAAAGGAUCUCGAUACAGCCGAGAGGAUACUAGACUCAUUCGACUCUGUUGAGAACGUAGUCCACGCUGCUUUCUAUGACGCUAACGCCAUCUACUACCAGCGCAAGAUGGACUUCUCUAACUACUACCGCACUGCCCUCCUCUACCUCGCAUGUAUCGAUAUUAACGAACUGUCCCCUGACGAGCGACACAAGCGAGCUUACCACCUCAGCAUCGCGGCUCUCGUCUCCACUAGCAUCUACAACUUCGGAGAACUUCUCCUUCAUCCUAUCCUCGAUGUUCUCACAAAGAGCGAGCACGCUUGGAUGAGAGAUCUGCUCUUCGCUUUUAACCGGGGCGAUCUUGCAGCUUAUGAGCGUCUGUCGGAUCGUGUCGACUCUCACAAACUCCUUAAGAGUAACGCAACACACCUUCGCCAGAAGAUUUACCUUUCUGCUCUUACUGAGGCUGUCUUCCGCCGUGCCCCCCAUGACCGCACUCUCACAUUUGCCACCAUUGCUGAGGAAACCAAGGUCCGCCCGGAGGAGAUUGAGCAUCUCAUCAUGAAGGCUCUGAGCCUUGGCCUGCUGCGAGGUACCAUCGACCAAGUGGACGGUGUUGCGCAGAUUACUUGGGUUCAACCUAAGGUACUUGACAUGAAGCAGAUUGCCGCGAUGCGCCAGCGACUACUUGACUGGGACUCAAGCGUCAACCAACUCGGCAACUGGAUUGAGUCGGCUGGUAAGGAUGUAUGGGCUGCAUAG